UUACAGGGAGUUUGACAGUUUUUUUCUCCAGUUUUGAACUUGACGUGGUAUGAGCGAAAUAGGCGCUCUUAUAACACAGUCGACUCAAGGAUCGACUCGACGUAAGGGCAGCGCCAAAUGAAUCCGCACUUCAUUGCGGUGUUCCGGGUGCCUUGUGCUAGUCAUAUUAUAGUACAUAAUACAAAUUGGCUCUUAGCCUCUAGGAUUUAGGUGUGUUGUUCGCUACAUCUGUUCUCGACCCUUGACCGGUUUCAGUCCGAUUUGGUCCGACGGGAGCCGGUUUGACCGAUGGUAUGCGCUCUUGGCGCGAGUGCGGCUCAUUUUAACGUUCAAUAGUUUAGCAAUUCAAAAUCUACCGUAGUGUCCUUAGAACGGUUUCCUGUAAAUUGUUAAUAGAAUUCAUUCUUCAAGCGAGCCGGGAAAAUGCUGCCGAGUUCGCCACCGGAGAAACGAGUUGAAAGUGAAAAGCCGUGCCAGCGAAAUUAGGUCAGUUUGGUUACGGAAUCGUUCCCUGUUUUUAUAUAACAAUUGGUCUGGCGAAUGGAUACCUAUUGUCCUUAAACGCGGACAAUUUAUCAAGUAAUACCAAAUGUGCUCGCAAUCGUUCAUCAAUUCCACUGCCUACCUAAUUACUCCUUGGACGUAAGAACUCGUCCGAGUAUGUUCAACAGUAUGCAGCGAAGGAAUUCCGAUCCGCAGAAAGCAGUUGCAUUUCCCAUGAGGGCGAACUGGGGUGCAGUUGCAUAAAACACGCUAUAAUUGCAAUUUAAUGGCGAUUUAAGGGCCGUGUCGUGGAGUAGUGGAACAGAUUGUGCAACCUCUUUUUCUGCGACCGGAGCGGCAAUAAUUCUGUGCAAAAAUGGAAAAUUCAUAGAGAAAUGUGAAAACGUGAGAACGAGUCGCGUCCUCUCCACCCGGGUCCUUCCACUGGGGCUCGGUUUGUGUACAAUUAGUUAGUUGAUCCUAGUGUGAGUUGUGUGUCCGGCAUGGUACGCGGUGCAGGCGGCUGGCGGUGAACGGGGGAAAGUCGUAUUUGGAGGGAAAUUAAGGUGAAAAAUGGAAAGCAACGCCAGCCUCGUUAGCAGUGGCAGUAACAUUAGAGGCAGCAGCUCCGAAGGCGACCAAAACACCCGGUGAAAUGUGUGUGCGACGAAAGUGGAGAUGUUAGAAACUCAGGAUUAUAUAAUCUACGGUUUUGCAUUUUUGCGGGUACCGGGGGAGCAUGUGUGAAAUGUUAUUGGUUGCAUAAAUGGUAGCUUGUAUAGAAACUAAUAGUUGUAGGUAUGUUUAGAUCUAAUUGGCCAGAAAAGAGCAAAAUGACAAUAAUGGAAACAUAGCAAAAGGAAACAAAUUAAAAUUAACUUAGCAAAAGCUCUCUUUAAAAAUAAUUCAAAACGUGCGGAAUUUCGAAUCAACGGUGUGAAACGGUUUGGGUAGGACUGGCCAGUAAAGUCCUCUGGAAGAUGUCUCUAGUUCUUUGUAACAUUUCAAAGGCAACACCGUCAGCACGAGGCCCUACCCCGACCCGUCAAGGAUCAACACCUACGGCGCCAACACCACCCACGGCGCCACUCUCGUCAACAACAACCAUUUCCACGACAGCUACUACUGGAUUUGGCCCGACCAAUGACAAUAAUAAUAACAUGGAUAACACGAGUGAGGAAUCAAACCCAGUGACCAUAUACAGAUGCCGAGCACCGAUAGCGUCCUUGGAUUGUAUGGAGGAGUUCAGUGGUACCGGUGGUCAACUUGAUUUUGGACGAUCGAUAAGUCUAGGAUCAAAUGCUGCCCUACCACUGCGGCAUGGUUCAACACCGACACCAGGCCUUCGUUAUAAAAACCUGGGAAAAAGCGGGCUACGUGUAUCCAAUGUCGGUCUGGGAACGUGGCCCGUUUUUUCACCAGGCGUUUCAGAAGAACAAUACGAAGCGAUUCUCAAGUUGGCUGUGGAGAGUGGAAUCAACUUGUUCGACAUCUCCGAGGCCCAUUCUGAAACGGAACUGGGAAAGAUUCUGGCGAAAUGGGGUUGGAAGCGGUCCAGCUUCAUAGUGACAACGAAAAUAUAUUGGAGUUUGAAUGCUUCAUGUUACAGGUCCGAAGAGCGAGGACUGUCGCGGAAGCAUAUUAUCGAGAGUGUGAAAGCCAGCCUGCAACGUUUACAGCUUAAUUAUAUUGAUAUUGUGAUUAUUUAUAAGGCAGAUCCAAUGUGCCCUAUGGAAGAGGUUGUCCGUGCCAUGAACUAUGUGAUACAACAAGGCUGGGCCAUGUAUUGGGGGACGGCCCGAUGGUCCCAGGUGGAAAUUAUGGAAGCCUAUACAAACUGCCGCCAAUUCAACUGUGUUACGCCGAUAGUAGAACAAGCCGAAUAUCAUAUGUUCUGCCGCGAAAAAGCGGAACUCUAUUUACCCGAAAUGUAUAAUAAGAUUGGUGUAGGACUCAUGGCAUGGGGUCCGCUAUCGAUGGCCUUAAGUGAUACGCAGAAUGGAGAUAAAAUAUUGUUCCCAAAAGGAUCGUUCAAAACGAAAAGUCAUAGCUACUCAUGGACAGAGGAAGAUGGUUUUGCUUUGAAUAAGGAACGAGUGCCCGAGGAGGGUCGGAGGCAUUGUGAUAAACUGAGAGAUCUGGCGUCACUCGCGGAGAAACUUGGGUGCAGUCCGACGCAACUCUCUAUAGCAUGGUCGUUGAAACACGAAUCAGUUCAAUGUUUACUUCUUGGUGCUACAACGCCUGAACAGCUUCACUCUAGCUUACAAGCGCUUCAACUUCUUCCGCGACUCUCCACUAGUGUUAUGCUCGAAUUGGAACGUAUACUUGAUAAUCGUCCGAUUCGACCGCCUCCCAUAUCAACGCUCGAGCUUCGGUGACAAUCAGCCGGCCUUCAGAGGCCAUCCAGUGGAAGUGGCUUCUGUGGGCCAGAUUCACCCAAGGAAGAUGAUCUCAGCUUAGGUGCCGAAUCUAAGGAUGCUUCGAAGCCGGGGUUUUGUGAAAUUCAGUGACAAAAGGAGUCCUUAGAUACAUCUAAUAAAUUUUUGAAACCAAUUAAUAAUAGACAUAGCUUUAGUAAUACAACAAUAACGACAACGGUUAGCAAACACGAUUCACUACAACAACAGCAACAACAACAACAGCUACAGCCACAACAACAACGUUCACUAAUUAAAUCUCCUAAUUCAAAUAGUAGUAAUCUUAUUAAUACCAAUUUUAAUGCAAACAAUUCGCGAUUAGAUAGUUCAACGAUUCAAAUAGAUUCAAUUAAUAAUAAUAACGCUAGUGCCGUCGCAAACGCCGCCGCACCCGCAGCUGCACCAGUAGAAAAGGAUCAGCGAGAAGAGGAGGCCAAGGACCAAUCACAAUCACGCUCCAAGAAAAAGUCAAUCAAACGUAAUACGAGUCUCAUGAAUUUCAAACCUUUUGACUUCCAUCUCAAAUCUAUUUAUUCAGGCCUGCGAAGAAAGAGUCAAUCGGAGAUACCCCGAAGCAAUGCCACCUCCACGACGGGGGGCAGUACGAGUACCCGCAAACUGCCAUACUUGCGUGUCGAAACGGUCGACACGGAUGAGUCCCAGAACCCGUUGCUGGUCACCUACCCUCAGUCCCCCUACCAGCAGAGGGGCAGUUUCGAUAAGUCCACUUCGCAGCUCCUGAAUAUCUCACAUUAUGACAUGUCUCGAUCGCAGGCAAGUUCGCCCUUCCUAUCGCCAGGAUCAGGAAACAUCCGCCGAUCGUCAACUUCGGAUAUUGUUUGCAAGAAAUCUAGCGGGACGAGCUCAACUGAUAGUCGACGUCCUAGCACUUCGGACCUACUUCGUCGUGCCCGGGAGCGGAAAGAUAGUGAUGGAGGGCGGCUGGGUCGAAGUAUUUCGCAAGGGGGAUUGCCACGCGGUGGCUGCCGUGGAGGACGCCGUACGAGCAUGGCAUUCUAAGACGAAUGAUAAGAGAAUGAAGUGAGGAGGAAUCGAUGGAGGGUUUGAAGCGAAGGAGCAGCUGCAAACGUGAAGACAUCCUGUGAGGCAGUUACAAGGCGACGUUGAUGUGUUUGAAUACACCAAAAAUUUCGAAUGAAAAGUUAAUACCAUUGCGUCCGCUAAUUUUGCAUCAAAAUUAUUUUUGUAAUAAAUUAAAUGUACUAAUUAAAAGUGGAUAAAACGUCUUAAAUUUAAAGCAAGUAAUGGUAGCUAGUAGUUAACUAAACCAAAGAUAAUAAACUAACAAAUUGCUGAUUUCAUAGAGAGCAACUAUCCCCAUGUAGAAAGCUAUGUUUUGAAAUGAAGAAAUUUGCUGAUGAGAUUGUUUAUUUGUUUGUGUAGUUGAAGAGAGUUUGUUGACGGAACAAGUGGCUUUUGAUGGGGGUUACCAAGUGCAUUUGAAUGUUGCUUUCCGUUGGAUAUGCCACUGGUGAAACAGAGCCCAACAUCAGUGCAUUGUUGAUUUAUUUGAUAUUUCCCUGUUUUGGUGGUGUUAAGUUAAGAAAUUGAGUUAGCGAUUGUAACCAUCAAGCAUGACCCCAGUCUUCCUAAGCCAUUAUUGUUGUUAUAUUAUGAAUGUAUUCCUGUGACUAAAAUGGUAGAACUAGCGGUUCCUUCGAGCCAUUCAUUUAAAAUUAUAACUUUUUAUCUGUAGUUGGGAUAAUUAUAAAAUUUUAGUCUUUAGACAGCACAUAUGCUAUUUAGAAGUAAUACACGGAUGAAAACCGACGGACAGUCAAGGAAAUAACGGAGAUCCCAAUAAAAUAGACUGGGAUGAAGAACGAGAUGACGUGCUUUGUUGAACCAGUCCACACCAUUUCAUCAACUUUCAGUAACAUGGGCCAAUAUCUGCUUGCUUUUCUACACAAGAUGGCAAAGGUCCAACGAGAUCCCGGCUAUAAAACAUCAUUUUCUUUGGUAAUCUCUGGGAAGAUAUUGUUCUAUGGGCUCUUACGUUCACAUUCCUGAUGAUUAUACUCAUAAGUAAUUCAAAAUAACGAAAACCGAUAGGGGAACGUCACGUUUCGGAAAGCGUUAGACCUCUGCAUGUUCAACACCGUGCUCUUUCUAGUCUUAAUAUUCAGGUGGUUCCAGUGCCAUAUUUGCUUUAAUCCUUAAAGUUCUUGCAUCCGGAAAUUUGCUGGCUGUACUUAGGUCGAGGCGUCCUCACAGGCAAACUGCUCACUCUUCAAUUUUCCGCUGAGUUAAUGGGGUUGAAUUUCAAUGAAUUUACUUUGCUUAUGAAAUUCAGUAGUCUUAACCAGUUUUAUUGUGUUUCAUCGAGGUCAACUCCUCUAUGGCAGCCGGCGACUAUAUAAUUGGCCUCGAUUGAAGACAGGAUUACUUUCUUCUGCUGAACUGAAAUAGUAGAGCCACUUAGUCCCAUGUGGAUUCCCGCCGUUGAUUUCUGCUUCUUAUUAGCUCCAGCGAAGUCACGCAAUUCGUGCUAAUGAGAAUUCACUUGCCAAGAUUGGUCUGAACAUCGAAGUCGAUGGUAAACGACCAAAAGGCAGACCUGAACAACGGUGGCUUG